CUGUAGGCUUGGUUGUCUUCUCUACGCUUUGCCGCUUCUCCCUUCUCUGAUAUUGUUCGUGAAAAACAUUUCUUCAUCUCUUUCUCUCUCUUAGGGUUUCUCUUUCUCUCUCUAACACAUGGCGGACGCUUAUUGGAGGUACAGCGACUCACGGCAGCCUCCGUCGCAGUCGAUCUCUCAGCUUGUCGGAAAACGCUCUCGCGCAGACUACGAUGUCCCUGGUGGUCAUGAGCUGCCCAGUUAUUAUGCUCGUGAUGAUGACAGAGGAACACUUCGUGGAAUUAGAGAUACUGACUCCAUUGGAGCAUCUUAUGAUCGUUACCUACGCAGUGCGCAAGUUUCAUCUUAUGGUGGGGGACAGUCUGCUAGAUCCAUUGGUGGGGGAAUAUCGAGUCGUGCUGUUGAUGAUCCGCGUAUUGUGGGUAUUGGGAGCAUGGAUCCAGGUACAACUGUGAAGGACAGAACUAUGGGAUAUGGAGGUGGAAGGUCUGAGGUUCCCCUUCCUCCUGAUGCUUCCAGUACACUGUUUGUGGAGGGAUUGCCUGCCAACUGUACACGACGAGAAGUGGCUCAUAUCUUUCGCCCUUUUGUUGGCUACAAAGAAGUGAGACUCGUAAGCAAGGAAUCGAGACAUCCUGGGGGAGAUCCACUGGUACUUUGUUUUGUUGAUUUUGUAAGUCCAGCCCAUGCUGCCACUGCCAUGGAUGCCUUGCAAGGUUAUAAAUUUGAUGAGCAUGACCGUGACUCGGUCAAUCUAAGGUUGCAAUUUGCUCGCUAUCCUGGUGCGAGGUCAGGUGGCGGGCAUCGUGGCAAGCGUUGAAUUAUGCGGGUUUGCAGGAUUCGCUCAAAUUGGAGAGGUUAUGAUAAUGAGGGGCGAUACGACAGACUUGCGGUUUCGUGAAUUACAGGCACUUUCGUUAGGAACAACUUGAACUGUGUGGAUUUCAUUAAUUCGGGCACGAUUGCUAGAGAUUGGAGCGUGCUUUUCUUUUCGAGUACUGUGAAUUAUUUCUGCCUUUAGUCACUUCGGUUUGUUUCGCUCUGCAUUUGACUAUAUUUAUCCUUGGAGAUGGUGUAAACUUAUGCUUUUCCUACCUUUCGGCUUAUUCUGUUUUCAAGAUAUAUCUCUAGUGUAGUGAGAGUCGAAGUAGGUAGGAUAAAGUUGACAUAUGUGGUGUAUUAUUCAGUUCAAAAUUUUCCUCGAAUAAUUUCUUGGAUCUCUAUCGUAAAACCCUUUUUUAUUGAGAAAGGAAGAAAACUGGUGUAGCAUUCAGCCUAUGCGUUGCAUACUCUAGAUCUUUGGUUUCUCAAGUUUUCACAGGCACUGAAGAAAUAUCUUUUUAGCCUGAUCAUUAAUUGGAUUGUUUUGGGGUCUUAGCAGCGAAACGCUAUAAUGCCUUCUUGUGGGUUGAUUUUUUGAGCAUUCUGGCUGUCUCUUUAUUUUCGAUAGGAGAUGCUAGGAAGCCUGCUUUUGCUAUGAGCCAAAAGCUAAAGCCACCUACCUCUCAUGUUUAUAAUGUGAAAGUGCCAAAGCCUGCCGGCUAUUGUUGCCUGAACUGUUGCCAUUGUACCAGUAAUGUUAUGCCAUGAUAAAUUGAUGUCACGUACUAGGCCUGUAGUCUGUAGGUUGUUUUCAUCUUCCUAGCGUGGGGGAUGAUUUUCCUUAGAUAUUUUCCAUGCGACGGUGUCUCUGGAUUCCCAGAUUGCAUAAUGCAUUCAUAGGGUGGAAAUUUCCCCACAAAAGAGCUGUUCUCUUAAGUCGAGAUUUGGGCAGACCUUAUUGCCUUUUGUUGAGCUAUUGAUGCCUGGUGUAUUGCAUAUGUUUCUAGAUUCAUGGAGAUAUACAACAACAUAUAUGUUAUCAUACGCUUGCAUAUAUACACAACAUUUUAGUCUCCAACAAUUAUUCCAUUAAUUACAUAUCCGAUUGACCAAUGGAUGAAUAUGCAAGCAUAUGUUUAAUACCUUGUUGAAGUAAAUAGCAAUGAAGAUGAUGCCAUUCGAUUGUUGAGGAAUACUCUUUGACCCUUUUAAGCACCAACUGUUGGCCUCUUGAGGACUGCAUGCUGUAUUGCCCAUAUUAUUGCUUCCAGUGCUUUGAAUUAAUUAAUCAUGCAGCUACUUGGAUAGGGAUAAUUUUUCUUGUGUAUUUGUAACCAUCCUUUUAGUAGAAGGAACUUCCUGGGGCUGGCCUGCAUAUAAUGAAAUAUGUGGAGUUUUGAGCUUCACAUUUGUUGUUUGGAUCAUAAAAUUUAUUAGAAAGUGCUGUAGUUGUUCU